AUGGACAGAACCGAGCUAGAGACCCGAGACCUGAUGAACGUCGACUCCUUCUCUCAACUCCCCUUUCUCCGCCCCACACUAUCUCCACCGCCUCUCAAGGGAAAAACGAGCCGAGCCAUUAGGCUUUUCGGCCAAGAAUUUGGCUUCAACGACAACAACAACAACAACUACCAGUCGAACCUUACCGAAAACAUUAGCUGCACACGAGACAAUCUCCCGAGCACGGAAACUCUUGAAAACACGGAAAAUAUAUCCAACCGGAAAUUCGAGUGCCACUACUGCUGCAGAAACUUCCCUACCUCUCAGGCGCUCGGCGGUCACCAGAACGCGCACAAGAGGGAACGGCAGCAAGCCAAGCGGGCUCACCUUCAGCCCGACGCCUCGCAUGUUUACGGCAUGAUGGGCUACAAUCGGGCCGGCCUGCUAUCGGGUCCGACACUUCCAGUGGCCCACAGCCCUUGGAGGCUCGCUAACGGGUAUGGCUACAGCUCAUAUAAUGCAGCUUCGACCCGUCAGCCGCAGCCCACGAACGGGAGCCCUAUUGGCUUACGGAGAAUGCCUCAACACGGCCCGUCGCCAGCUCAGCAAAUCACGUUUGACGGCCCGAAAGUACCGUUGCCUUCGAUUAACGGUGUUAUUAGCCCUGCCUAUCAAAUGCGGUUCGGGUACGAAUCAAAGCCCGUCGUGCAAGAACACGUGAGUUUGGAUUUACAUCUUUGA